GGUUGACCACCAGUUUAGUGACAACACAGCACGCGUGAACCGUAGCCGCAGCCGCCGCCCGAACGGGAAUCACCGCCGAAAGAUAUGGCCACCUCUGCUGCUGCAGCCGUCGCAGCCGUCAGACUGGUCUGCAAAGACGUGUUCGACGAGUUGACCGACGAAAACGAGCGCCUAUUGGACGACCUUCGCCUUAGCCAUCGAUAUGUCAAUCUAUGCGAACAGUAUCGGCAACUGGUGUUCGACUUUCGCAAUGGCUGUGUAUGCGACCAGAAUGUGGCCACAGAAGCCAAGAUCAAUGCCGUCGAAAUUGAUUACAAUACGGCCAAAGAGUGCGAAACACAGUUGACGGCCGAUAGGGCUGCGAAAUUGGCCGCACGAUUGGCCCGCGAAGCCGAAGAGGAAGCAGCGGCGGCAGCAGCUGCUGCUGCAAUAGCGGCGGCCAAUGUUUCGCCGACAGCGACUACGGGCAAACCGAGAGGCAGACGACGUAAUGGCGGCAUCAAACGUGAGAUUACCGGCGCUGAUGACUAUGUCCAGGAAGAUGUUGUCGGCGGUGAUGAUGACGAUGACGACGACGACGACGACGACAUUACAGACAAACCGUUUAGGCCUAAGAAGACAACGACAACGAAGACGACGCCGCGGACACUAUCAAUGUUACCGUCGAAACGGAGGUCAUACAAGAAGCGCAAUAUGACCGGCGAUGGAUCGAAUAAUACCGAUGAUACGGAUGUUAUCAUCAAAUUGGUCCGAACAAAGUCCAAUAAAAUUCGUCGCCGAUAUUACUAUUUCAAUCACAAGUGUCAGUGGGAGGGAUGCGACCGAAAGUUUGGCAAACGUGAAGAACUGUUGGCACACGUGAGUAGUGCCCAUACAAAGGAGCGGCCGUUUAAGUGUAAACAAUGUCAACGAUCUUUUGCUACCGAAAGCUAUCUGCGAUCGCACGAGAAGUCCCAUAAAUCACGUGAACGUCGUUACGAAUGCGAUCUAAUGGACUGCCAGAAGGCGUUCGUAUCGAAGUAUAGUCUGGUCAAACAUCAGACGACUGUCCAUUCGGAUUGUCGACCCUAUGUCUGCCAAUACGGCGAUUGCGGUGCCAAAUAUAAGGCCAAAGAUUCACUACAGCGACACGAACUUAGCCAUCAAUCGGGCGAACAAUUUCGCUGUCCGUACGAGUCGUGUCCGAAAUCCUAUCCGCACAAAGAAGACCUGGACGUACAUAUGUCCCGUCAUACCCGAUCGUCGUUCAAGAAGACACGUACGAAAAAAUUUCAAUGUCAUUGGCCGGGAUGUCAGUACUCGUUCAGCGGUAAACAACAAUUGGAGUAUCAUAUGAACCGUCACCAGAAUAUUAAGCCAUUUCCGUGUGAAGUUAGCGGCUGUCAGAUGACAUACUAUACACCCUAUGAGUUGAAUCAUCAUAUGAAUCGUGCGCACCGGUGUGUCGAUGAUAAAGACAAAGAGUUUGUUUGCGAUCUGGACGGUUGCGGUAAACGUUAUGCCAACCGGUAUGACCUCAAGCGACAUAAGCGCCGACACGAUCGUAUCUAUAGAUGUUCGUGGCCCGAAUGUGACCAGUCGUAUCCGGCAAAGAUUGCAUUGAAAGAACAUAUGGACAGACAUCUGAAUGUUAAGACACAUAAGUGUCACUUUUGUGGUAAAGAAUUUUUUGCUAAAAAUAAUUUUCAAACACAUCUGAAAAAUAUACAUAAUAUCACUAAUCAUGUGAUAUAUUAUAUCAUAAUAACAACAAUUAGUAAAACAAUUAUCAUAUUAUUAGCGGUAAAGACAACAACAAUAACAACAACACAAUCGCUGGUCACACAAAUGCCGCGCAAAUCAUAUUCAUCGAUGAUUACCGUCGAUGUCAACGACUGUUUCGAUGAACUUCGUCAGGAAAACACCCGACUAGUAGUCGUGAUGAUUGAUCUGAAGAGACAAUUACAGCAAUUGCUGGCGAAAUAUGAUGCCUUGUUUCCGGUGGACGACUGGCAACGUAUUGGCCGACUGUUGGAUACGACCGCCGAUGAAAAGUAUCGACAGUUUCCGGACGCCGUCACAGAAGACGACGUCGAAACGAUAAUCCCGUUGAUUGUCAAACAGGAGGACACAGAGGCGUCGGCGGUGGCGGCGGAAAUCGAUGACCAAUUGACGAAAGUGUUGUCGUCGUCGGAACCGUUGACUGCCGAAGCGGGAAAACGCCGCCACUUAACGACGACGCCGACCACGACUGUUGCCACCCGACGACGUAAAGCAUUUGUCAAACAGGACCGACGCGGCAAUCGAUCGACUGGUGAACUAAAGAUAUGGCUAACGAAAGCCGCGAUUUGCGACGAAACGACUGGCCUGUACUGGUGUCCGGUUGACGGCUGUCGUCGAGGCCGUCGUAGCGAUGAUGAUGAAGCCGUCGGCGGUGAUGACCACAAUGACCGAGAGGAGGAUAGAGGGUUUGGCGAGUUUAAGAUGCUUUACGAUCACUACAUCUAUCAUCAUUAUAUACCGAAAAGCUAUCGCUGCCGACAUUGCGGUAACGGUUUCAAAUCGCCGUCGCAUUUGCGCGAUCACGAGGCCCGACAUACCAAAGAAAAACGAUUUGCCUGUCCGUGCGGUAAACGAUACAAAACGGAUAAGGAUCUAAAGUUUCAUCGACGCAAUCGUUGCGAAAACUAUCCGAUGUCGAGGAAGACGACAGAGUUGUCGUCGACAACGACGUCGGCGGCAUCAGCUGUGAUUCAGACGGCGGCGGAUAAUAAUAGCUGUGAUAAUACUAAUACCGAUGAGACAAUUGUUGGUAUUAGCGAUGAAUUAUUGUUGGACUCGACGACGAUGACGACUACUACUACUAAUAAGACAAUAGCCGAUCAAAUUGCUGACCAAAUUGCUGAUCAAAUGAUGUUUGAUAUUUCCGAUGAUAUACGACAUCAACCGCCGCCGUCAUCAUUGUUGACGACAAUUUUACCGCAACGGCUACGCGAAGAGACUGUUGCGGUCACAUUGAAACCGUUGUCGCAAAACAAUUACGACGAAUCCAUUGGUCAGUAUGUCUGUCCCUAUCCGAUCUGUCUGAAGCCGUUCGCCACCAAUAAGACACUCUACAAACACUACUACUAUACUCAUUACAAGAAAAACAGACUGUUCUGCCGCUACUGUGGCAAUGGUUACAAGUAUUUGUCGCAUUUGCGCGAACACGAAGUCCGUCAUCAACACGACCGACCGUUUCGGUGUCCGCAUCGACGGUGCGGCAAACGUUAUAAGACAUUAAAUGUACUGCAGUUUCAUCUGAGCCAUCACUGUCCGUUCGAGAAGCUUAACAAAGAUGAUGUCAAUGAUUUUGGUGUCGGUGUUGAUGAUGGUGGAGGUGGUGGUGACGACGAGAUAACGAUUCUCAAUGACUACAAUAAUGCCAAUGAAAUACGGGAGACAACGACUACUACUACGAUCACUGACCACAUCACUCAAUCGACAUCAUCGGUAGACAAUGACAAUAAUAGCAGUGAGCCAACCAAUAAUAGUAUCACCGCUGCCAAUGUCUUAUCUAGAAUAUCAAUGGGCGACAACUUUGAUUCAACUAAACAACUGUACUGUUGUCCGACUGUUGGCUGCGAUAGUCAAGGUUUUCGUGACAAGAAGUCACUGUACAAUCAUUUCUAUUACAAUCACAGGCGUCGGCUCAAAGAUGGCCGACUCGGUUGCAAUCUGUGUAGCAAAUCGUUUACAUUUCGGUCACAACUGGACGAACAUCGGCUGUCACACUCAUCGGGCCAGCCCUACCGCUGUCCGCAUCCGGAUUGCGACAAACAGUAUAAGCAGAUAAAAAAUUUGCGCCACCAUCGACGCUAUCAUCAUCAGGAACAGUUGCCCCAGUGGACUGGCGGCCGGAUCCAGACUCGACCGCCGCUAUACGACAACCAGACCACCACCGCCAAGGACUCGACCAAUGGACCGAUAACUUGCGAACAAUGCGGUAAACAAUUGAAAUCGCAGCCGCACUACAACCUGCAUCGGACACACUUUCAUAGCGAACGCAAGACAUGCCGGUGUCGAGUGGACGGUUGCGACCAAAUAUUUCAGACGCCCAGUCAGCUGCGCGUACAUCGUAUACGCGAACAUAACUUUCCGGUUCAACAGCGACGCAAUUUCCCGCUCAGACAAUGCGAAUGGCCCGGCUGUGACUAUCAGACUACACAUUCGGGUGCCUACAAUCGCCAUCAGCGGGUCCAUACCGGCGAGAAACCCUACCAGUGCCAGUGGCCCGGCUGUUAUAAGGGGUUGUCGUCGACGGUGUCCCUUAACGAUCACAUGCAGAUGCAUGAAAACAAGCGUCCGUUUUCCUGUCAUUGGCCCGGCUGUGGCUAUCGGGCUAACUCGAAAAAAUAUAUUGAAAAACAUGUGAAAAAACGGCACAAAUAG